UCGAUCACUUGAUGAGCGAAAACGAGAGAGUCUCUGAAGCGCUUCGGGAAGCAGACAGUAGGAACACGGAACUAACAACAGCCAACGAAGGUUUACACAAGAUUACAGAUCAGUAUGUGCACCGAAUAAAUGAGUUGACAGAAGCUGCUGCUCAAAGUGCUGCUCAAUCAAAGAUGUUGAGUGAGAACAUUCAAAAGCUGACGCGACAGAAAGAACACACGAUUGAAAAAAUGCAACACGAGGAGAGAAGGCAUCAGGAAGUGUUGAUAAAGGUUUCUGAGGAGAAACAGACAUUGCAGCUUCGGUUGGAGCAGUCAUCUUCAGAUGUCUCUAAUCUUAGGCAACAGCUGCAAGCAGUAGAACAGCUUGUAUCUCAUCGAACACAACAACAGAUGCAAAGUCUAACUAGUCAGUUAGUGAAGAAGUCUCGUGCUACUGAGCAGCUAAAAGAACGCAACGAGUCACUUAGAUUGCAAGUGAAAAGUCAGAAGAGAGAGAUUGGUGAGUUGAAGGAGGCUUUACAUGGAAGUUCGCUUGAUGUUACAAGAUUGGAGGUUGACAGGGACAGAAUACAAACUGCUGCUAAACAAUCACAGCUGGAAUUGUUGAGACUAAAUGAACAGAAUGCAUCGCUGCAGCUUCAGGUAUCUAAACUGAAUGAAACUUUAGCUACUGUUUCUCAUAACUCUUUUGUUACUGUCCAACCGGAGAACGAUGCAGGAAGAAAAUGGAGUGAAUCAAGUGACAUUUCAACAGUCACAUUCAAAGACUUGGACACUUCGGUUGUUAACAAUUCUUCUUAUCGAUUGUCAGACCGAUUGUCAGACCGCUUGGAUAACCUUCAACAAAGCUAUGAGUUACAGAGUGAGAGUUUAUCUGACAAGCAGAAACAACUGAACAGCCUCAAAGACUCUCACAGUGAAAUCGUUAGAGUCAAUGAAAGACUGAAAGCUGCUUUGGAGGAGAGGAACUCUGAGCUGCAGUUAGUUCGAUCUCAACUUGAUGAGUCUCUGUCUGCCAUGAAAGCAGAGCAAGAACAGGAGGUGGAAGCGAUGAGUAAGAAACAUGCGACACAACUUCACAGGUUGACUGAUGAAAAGGCUGCCAUAGUGAAGGACAAUGACAGUUUGAAGUCUAGACUUGAUGAAACUCUCAAGCACUUAGCAGAAGUUGGAACAGCUCUGUUUCGUGCUGAUCAGACUGUUGAAGAGCUGAGAGCUCAAUGCCGUCAACUGAAUGAAAACUGUCAAUCCACUGAAAGUCGUUUGGCUCAGCAGGCUCAGACAGCAAGACACGAAAAGUUGGCUUUCCAACAGCAGGUGGAUGCUGAACGUGCAUCACAACGUCAACAAAGAGACAGUAAACUAGUUAAUUUGGAAACAAGACUUCAACGUUUGCAGCAACAAUACAGACAGUCAAUAGAAAAAGUUGCUACCACAACUGAGAAGCUGUCAAACUCUGACGCUGCUAGACUGGCAGCAGAACAACUCAAUCAACGUUUGAAGCAGCAAGUGACUGAUCUGGAGGCAAGACAGUCUCAAGAAUGUGAGCGGUUGAAGUUUUUGUCUGAAGAACGUGAGCAGCUGCAGAGUGUGGUGGUGAUUUGUGAGGAGGAGCGACGACUAUUACAAGAAAAGGUACAAUCAUUAGAAGAAGCAAAUUUGAAACUUGCAAGAGACAGUUUAAACAAAAGUAAUCAAUCGAACAGUGACUCCUCAGACUACAGUUUUAUGGAGCUUGUAUCUAAGCCUCGGAGAGGAAGGCCAGCAGCAAGGUCUGGUGAGGUAUUAGGUGGGCUUGCAUCAGGUGAGGUGGAUGAACUGAAGUCUUUAUUGAAGGUUGUUAGUGAAGAGAAACAUGAUCUCAAAGAGAAAUUAACAUCGCUACGAGACACUGAACAAAAGAGAGAAGAAGAAAUGGUUGUUUUGAGGGGAAGAGUAGAGGAAUUGAAGAAAGAAAAUGUAAAACAUAAGACUGUGGUAAGAGAAAAAGAAGCCGUUGUAUUGAAUUUACAGAGCAAUAUAGCAAGAAUGAGUGGAAAGGUAAAAGAAAUGGAGAACAGCUCUCCACAAGCGGACCAACUCUUGAAGUUGAAAGCCAAGUUGGAUCAUUUUGUUCAACAGAAGAAUUAUGAGAUUAAUGAUCUCCAGCAGCAUUACCAGACUGAAAUUCAAACUAGAGAACUGGAGUAUCAACAGCAGAAAGAGACUGUAGAAAUGCAAAAGAAACAGCUGGAAGUUGACAUUGAGUCCUUACAGCAAGUAGCUCGACAAGAAAUUCAAAAAGCGGUUCAUCGAUUAGGUCAAGAGAAAGAUAUUGCUCUUCAUCAGAUGAAGCAACAACAUAAUACAGAGAUUGAAAAGCUGAAAGCUCAUCAUCAACAAGAACUUCUGCAGAAGAGAACUACAAGUGACGAAGUUAGCGAGGCAUUUUUGAAAUCAAAUCAGGUACAAGAAGUUGAACGUCUUCAAGCUGAUCACAAGAAAGAGACAGCAAAGUUGACUGCAGAGUGUGAAGAGUUGAGGAAAGUGAUGCAUUGGCUACAACAGCAAUGGGAAGAAUACUCCAGCACUUGCUUUGAGUCAGUGACAGCAAACAGUCAGGAAGUGUUAGCAAGAGAGUCGACUGCUGUUCAGACUCUCACUGAUCAGUAUGAUGAUGUCACAACGAAACUUGAUGAAUUGUCAGCUGAAAAUGCAGAGUCACGAGAUCUUCUGGUUAGUAAAGAAACAACGGUUGAUGCAUUGGUAACAGAUGUGGAGACGUUGAAAGAAAGAAAGGAAAAGCUUCGACAACAGGUGACUGCCAAACGAGAAGAAAUGCUGGAGAUGAAGUUGUCAAACAUCAGUAGACGAUGUGAGGAACUGGAACAAGAAGUUUUGAUGCUACAGGAACAAGUAAGUGGUUUGGAGGAGGAGAAAUCUCAUGUCACAUCUACAUUUAAAGCAAGAAUUAAAGACAGGGACAGUCUGCUUAAGGAAACUCAAUCUACACUUGAGUCAGUCAUCAAGGAAAAGGAAAGCCUUGAGCAACAGUUACUGUUAUUGAGUACCAGCAAUGCUGCAAGCAUUGGAGUUGCUUCACGUGAGCAGUUGACAAAUUGUCUGGAACAACUGAAGGAGCUGCGGUCUCAACAUCGGCUACUACAAGCUCACUAUCACAAACUAAUUGAAGAAGAACAAGACAAAGAUAUCGAAUUGAAGUCUCUUCACUCAACAAGAGACAAACUAAAACAGCAGACAGUAGAACUAAAGAGCAGCCAAAUGAAAAUUAAGUCAGAAAAUGAAGCAUUGAGAUCGAUGAAUGAAGAAAUGUCUCGUGAACAUACAGUUCUUACCACAAAGAUUAGUCAUCUGACAUCAAUGUAUGAACAGCUCAAAUCUGUGAAUGAGAAAUUGAGAGAGAGGAAUGCACAACUACAAGAAGAACGACAAGGACUUCUCAGUUCUUUAAGUGAAUCAGGGCUGCAUGGGAUGGAGACAACAGACGAAGAAAAUGAGUUAAACGGAAGCUGUCGUCAUCUUCGUGAAGCUAUUUGCACUUCAAAGGAGAAGUUGAAGUCUCUACAAUCUGAAAAGAUGAUAGUUGAAGAGGCAGUUGAUAAUCUAGUGAGGCAGAUGGAUGGUUUGGUAGGUCGUCGUCAGACACUAGAAAGACAAGUUGAGGAACUGGAAAAGGUGAAUCCGAUUCUUUCGAGUGGCAACGGUACAGAAAGGCAAUGUUUGUUGGACACUAGUCCAGUCACUGAUGGGCCGUUUGUAAGUCUGGAUACGAACUCUUCUCAACAAUCUGUUGAUUCGUUGAGAGAAGAGAAUGUCAGACUGCAAGAAGUGAACUGCAAACUAACAGCAGAUGUUGAUCAUCUUAGAAAUGCUACAUCAUCUGAUAAACUAAAGGGCCAAAGAGUUGAGAAAAUUGAACGGCAAUUGAUGAAAACAAAAGAAAAGUUGAAGAUGAAGCAGCGACAGGCAAACUAUCUACGACUAAAACUAGGAGCAACUCUUAUUGAGCUACGAGAGAUGAGACAGGGUUUGAAGUAAGACUGGAAAGGCCUUUUUUGUAUGCAGUAGUUAGUUACAUUUGCAUACAUAUCACCAAUACGACACUAAGACUAUUUUGCUGUGUACUAUUUAUGAUCCGAUGAAACAGUGCUAAUUGAUUUUGGUAUGUAUUUAAGCAGCUGUAUUUAGCUAUAGAGAUGUUAAUGCCAUUCAAUCUUAUGACUGAUUUGCCAAGUUGAUGAGGCACACACAGU